CUCAUUAAAGUAAAGCAGACCAAACAGACUCGACACAGGUAAGCACUCCCCCACUGCUCACUCCGCCUUCUUUCCUAAUGAGUUUCCUGCUUUUGUGGGACAGACCGAGAAGAGCUGCAAAAGAGUAGAAGGUGCGUGAUCGUCUGGAAAUUGCUUUGGAUUCAGAACCUGGAAAAAGGAGAUUCUACUUUCCCAUGCAGAAUUCUUAAAAUGGGAUCUUCUCAUUGUUUGGUACCUUCCCAUGUUCAGUAGUUUCCAACUUUUAUUUUCAAAAGAAAUCUUCAUUGUUUUCCUACAAGAAGCUCUAAAGGAGGAAGGGAGAGUUGUAACUGGUGUCCUAUUCUUGGGUCAGAACGGGAAGCAGCAGUGCACAUUAUCCCUUGUGAUGAAGAGAGAAGUUAAACCAUGACUGCUCGUACCUACCAAGACCUCUUUCUGAUGUCUGUCCCUUUAACUGCUCAUCUGUUCUCAACUACCUGCUACCACCAUCUAUACUACCAUGUGGUUAGAGACACGCUGGAAGAACAUCCGUCAAACCUUGCUGCUUCUUUUCACUGCUGCUCUUCUCAUUGGGGUCACCCUGCUGGCCAUUUCAUCUAACAUCAACCCAGUAGGCUAUUUCUUUCUAGGGGUUGGGGGAGUGUGCCUGGUCGGCUAUUUGCUGAGUGUGUUUGUUGAGUGUUACCUGAGGAAUCAACACCGACAUGAUACAAAUGAAAUACCUCCAAACAGUCGAAGCCAAGCAGGGGUGAAUGCUGCCUAUGAAGCGCCCACCUAUGACGAGGUGAUGACCAUGUCAGCUCCAGCAAUAUGGACGAUUACAUCCAACCCAGGCCCAGUGCCCUCGCCGCUGAGCGACCCUCCUCCUUACAGUGUCGUUAUCGAAUCCUCUAGCCAACAAGAGAUUACAGUGGAGGCUCUCCGAGUGUCGGUGCCACCAGACACAAGGCCCACCUCUGAGACAGACACGGGCUCCAGGAUACAGCUGCAGCUAGUGUUACCCCCAAGACCGCAGAGGUUUGUUUCGGACAUCCAUGAGGACAGAGAUAUUGAAGACAGGUUUGAACCACUAGAACCACUCACUCCACCACCUGCUUAUGAGAGUGCCAUCAGUGAUGAGGUCUUUGAAGAUGCUUGCCAGCCCUCUGCAUUAGGAUUAAUUUCACCUUCUAUGAAUACAGAACCAAACCCUCACCCUAAUACAGAAUGA